GGAGGGAGAAGAGUAUGUUCCGAUCAAGAAGAGGCGGGCUGCGGAGGAGCAGAGGAGCCUGCAGCGGUUUGGGAGGCAUGCUGCUGUCUCAGCCGAUGAUGGAGAUGCCAACACAGCACAGCCUCUCAUGGAAAAGGACCUGGAGCCCAAGCCAAAGGAAAGCCUGCUGGUGACUGCAGUGCGCGCAAGGAAGGACCAGCCAGAGGAGACUGAGGCAGAAAAGCUGCUCAAGGAGGAGCAGGACAUGCUCAGGCAGAUCACAACCAAGCAGGCGCUUAAGAGUGUCAAGGAAUUGGCAAAGGACGUUAAGUACACAAAGCACAUGAAGACAGGCUGGACGCCACCUACCAGGUAUCGCCACAUGAAGGAGGAAGACCGGCAGGCUCUGCGGGACAUGUUCCACAUCAUUUGCGAGGGCAUCCACAUCCCCCCUCCCAUCCCAGACCUCAAGGACAUGAAGUUCCCCCCUGCAGUGAUGCGGCACUUGGCGGAGAAGAACAUAAGGAAACCGACGCCGAUCCAGAUGCAGGGAUUGCCAGUCGCCCUGUCUGGCAGGGACAUGAUAGGCAUCGCAUUCACAGGGUCGGGGAAGACGCUUGUAUUCCUGCUGCCCCUGUUGAUGAUUGCCCUUCAGGAGGAGUGUCGCAUGCCCGUUGCCCAUGGGGAGGGCCCAAUCGGCCUCAUUGUAUGCCCCUCAAGAGAGCUCGCUCGGCAAACAUACGAGGUCGCUGAAGGCUUCAUAAAGGCGCUGAAGACGUCAGAUCUUCCUCCGCUGCGGUCCCUGCUAUGCAUUGGAGGUGUGGAUGUCCGCAGCCAGUGCGAUGAGCUUCGAAAAGGGAUACAUGUGGCAGUGGCCACACCAGGGAGACUGAAGGAUCUUCUGAACAAGCGCCGCAUGACCUUGGACUUAUGCCAAUAUCUCACUCUUGACGAAGCUGACCGCAUGGUGGACCUUGGAUUCGAGGAGGACAUCCGUGAGCUGCUGAGCUACUUCAAGGCCCAGAGGCAGACCCUCAUGUUCUCAGCAACGAUGCCUGCCAAGAUCCGAACCUUUGCAGAGAGCGCCCUGGUAGAUCCGAUCAUAGUCAAUGUUGGACGCGCUGGGGCAGCGAACCUGGAUGUCAUACAGGAAGUGGAGUAUGUUAAGGAGGAGGGGAAGCUGGUGUACCUGAAAGAGUGCCUCCAGAAGACAGCACCUCCUGUGCUGAUAUUUGCAGAAAACAAGAAGGACGUUGACACCAUCCAUGAAUACCUCCUCAUAAAGGGUGUGGAAGCUGUCGCAAUCCAUGGUGGCAAGGACCAGUCAGAACGUGAGUAUGCCAUUGACGAAUUCAAGUCCAGCAACAAAGACGUCCUGGUCGCCACCGACGUGGCCUCCAAGGGUCUCGACUUCCCCAACAUCCAGCACGUCAUCAACUACGACAUGCCCAGUGAGAUCGAAAACUAUGUCCACAGGAUCGGACGCACAGGCCGGUGCGGGAAGACUGGCAUCGCCACGACUUUCAUAAACAAAGAUCAGUCAGAAACCAUUCUGUUGGAUCUGAAAAACCUGCUGAAGGAGGCCAAGCAACGCAUACCGCCGGUGCUGAUGGCAUUGGAUGAUCCCAUGGAGGAGCUGCAGGAGUUGGAGGCGGUGUCAGGCACCAAGGGGUGUGCCUACUGUGGAGGCCUGGGCCACCGGCUAGCAGACUGCCCCAAGCUGCGAUCAGAGACAAGGGCAGCAGCGCGCAACAAGAAAGACUAUUUUGGGUCUGGCGGGUUUGGCGGGGAGAUGUAG